AUGUCGUCGGUCCAAGAACUGCAUUUUCCUUCCGAAGCCGCCUUCCGCACCGAAAUCACCCUCGACAAGUACAAGGACCGCUUGGUCGUUGUCGACUUUAGCGCCGUGUGGUGCCCGCCGUGCCAGUACAUCAAGCCCAUCUUCCGCGACUUUGCCAAAGACCUCUCGGAAGCAGCGUUCAUCGAAGUCGACGUCGACGAGAGCGACGAGCUGUCGGCGGCCGUCGGUAUCCGUGCAAUGCCGACGUUCCAGUUCUAUCGCAACGGCAAGAAGAUCGAUACGAUGACGGGCGCCGACCCCGCGGGCCUCAAGCGGCUGCUCAAUCAGCACAAGUAAAUCGCAAUGUAAUCAAUU